AUGGACGAGGUCGAACCUAAUGACGGAGCGCCAGCACCCUCCAGGCUCCCCGCCGCAGCCGCAGCCGCAAUCGCGAAUAUACGCCCAAGCUCAGGUCAUGCGCUCCCAUUUGUAGCUCCCAGCUCCUACCUCAGACCGAAAACUAGACCUCAAACCAUAUCCAUGUCUGAGCCUACUCCAAUGAGUCCAGUUGACGAGGAUCAAAUCCAAGGGCUGAAAGGCCUCCGCGAAUUCCUCCGGAAGCGCACAAGCUACGAUGUCCUUCCACUGUCAUUCCGCUUGAUCGUUCUCGACAAUGAUCUGUUGAUCAAGAAGAGUCUGAACAUCCUGAUUCAGAAUGGAAUCGUUUCCGCACCGCUAUGGGACUCGCACACCUCGAGAUUCGCCGGUCUUCUCACGAGCACCGACUACAUUAAUGUCAUCCAAUACUAUUGCCAGUUCCCGAACGAGCUCGAUAACGUCGAGAAGUUCCGCUUGAGCAACCUUCGAGAAAUCGAGAAAGCGAUUGGCGUGCAGGCCCUCGAAACAGUCUCUGUGCAUCCCUCCAGGCCAUUGUACGAAGCGUGUAGUCGCAUGCUUAAGAGCCGUGCCCGACGCAUCCCUUUGGUGGACAUUGACGACGAGACGGGCAGGGAGACUGUGGUCAGUGUCAUCACGCAAUAUCGCAUUCUCAAGUUCAUUGCCGUCAACACGGAACAGCACACGUCACUCAUGAAGAAGUCGGUUCGCGAAAUCGGACUGGGCACAUAUAAAAACCUCGCCACGUGCUAUAUGUCCGACUCGGUCCUUGACGUGAUCAACCUGAUGGUCAUUCACAACAUCUCGGCAGUACCUGUGAUUGAUAAGAACAACAUGGUAUUGAACCUAUUCGAGGCCGUCGACGUCAUUCCGUGCAUCAAGGGCGGCGCAUAUGAGGAAUUGAGGGCCCCUGUUGGCGAAGCGCUCACCAAAAGACCAGAGGACUUUCAAGGAAUCUAUCACUGCACCGAAGAUGACAGGCUUGAUUCCAUAUUUCAAACCAUUCGCCAAUCGCGUGUGCACAGACUUGUCGUGGUCGAUGACAGGCAGCAGUUGAGAGGCAUCAUCUCUCUCUCAGACAUCCUCAAAUACGUUCUGUUUUAUGGUGAUGAAGCAGAAUACUUCCCACCCUCGUGA